AUGCCUGGCCCUACAUUACAACAAUGCCCCGCGGCCUCGACUUCCUUCCCGGUCGGCGAGAACUUCUCUGGAAACACUUUGAGCAACUUGGGCACCUUCGCGUUGAGCACCAUCCCGCCAGCUUGCAGGAUCGAAGCCACAGGCUGCCCUUUCUCCUUAAACACCGCAUCCGAGCCCGAAUUCGCUUUCGCCGAUCUUCGCUGCCCCAUCUCGGGUAGUCAACUUGAAGCUCGCACGAGCGCCGAACGAGGUGGCUCGACCUCGACCUCAAGGUCACGUGUUCCAACCGGGUUCCCGGACCUUCGUCGAACGCCUUCAGCCGAACUGCUCUACCUCCCUCCAUUACUUUCCCUUCUUCCUCCAGCGACUGAGGAGAACGCUCUGAGAGACGUGACCAACACCAGGGUGGGGUACACGCGCUCGCACCUCCCUUCCAUCGACGAGGCAUCCAUCGCCCUUCACCAUGCGCUGCAUGCAUUCCAGCCCAAGACGGAUGACUACGCUUACGAGCCGUAUGAUGAGGCGUUCAAUUUCGAUGAAAUCAAGUUGCCUGUACACUUGGAGAGGGAAUGGUAAAUUUGACCCCUUGCGCUCGGCGGCCGAUAGGAGGUAGCUCAAAGCAAGGCCAAAGCUGAGGAAUCUUCACUUGCGCAGGUAUAUUGUCGCUUUCAGAUCGACUCGAGCCAAGGAUUCACCCUCCAGAGACUUGUACGAAGCCGAUCGUAAAGCUCACGAAGAAGCAGUGACCGUGAGUCUUGAUACCUUUGUGAGCACAUGCAGACCAUUCCGGGACUAAUCAUACUCUGGUCACCCCUAUCCACUUCUGCAGGCUGGCGGCUUAUUGGCCUAUUGGUUCGGGGUCCCCAAUUCGCGGGGAAGUAACCUCGCAACGUGUAUUUGGAUGUCGAGGGCCCAUGCUGUGCGAGCGAUUGCGGGACCGAAACACGUCGAAGCGAUGAGGUUGGCCGAGGUAAGUUAUCACAUUCGGGGGCGUUCCGACGCUUGAGCAGAUCAGAAAGACUCGAUGACGCUGAGUACGUUCACGUGGGGAAUUCUAGGCCAUGUACGCGAACUAUGACUUGGAGCGAUACGUGUUGAGGAAAGCGAAGGGAGAAGUUGGUGUGACGAUCGAACCUUGGAGAGGGGGCGAGAUCAACUUUGGUGCAGAUUAUAAGAUUUGA